CAUGAUAUUCUGUUCUCCUUUGAAAUUACACCUAUCUUCUUCCGGACAGGGUGAACGUUUCUCAUUCUAUCAUGUCUCUCCGAUUUUCUAGUGGGUCUAGGCAUAUUUGCUUAUGGUCUGGAGCUGGGUCUGUCAGACCAUCCAGUGGAGGCUUAGGCUUUGCAGGCAGCAAUGCAUGUGGCAGUUCUGUGGCUGGAAGUGGAUUUUCCUGUGCCUUGGGAGGGGGCCUGGGCAAUGUCCCUGGGGGGAACCACGCUGGUGGUGUCCUUGGAAACGCUGCUUGUGCUGGCUUUGCUGGAAGUGAAGGGGGACUUCUGUCCGGGAAUGAGAAGGUGACCAUGCAGAAUCUUAACGACCGCUUGGCAUCCUACCUGGGAAAUGUGCGAGCUCUGGAGGAGGCAAAUGCCGAACUAGAGAGAAAAAUCAAGGGCUGGUAUGAAAAAUACGGGCCUGGAUCUUGCCGUGGACUUGAUCAUGACUAUAGCAGAUACUACCAGAUAAUUGAAGAACUUAAGAAUAAGGUUAUCUCUUCCACUAUUGCUAAUGCUAACGUAAUUCUGCAUAUUGACAAUGCCAGACUGGCUGCGGAUGACUUCCGGCUAAAGUAUGAAAAUGAGCUCGCCCUUCACCAAAACACAGAGGCUGACAUCAACGGGCUGCGGAGAGUCCUAGACGAACUGACGCUCUGCAGGACCGACCAGCAGCUGCAGUACGAAUCCCUGAGCGAAGAGUUGAGGUACCUCAAGAAGAACCACAAAGAGGAAAUGCAGGCCCUGCAGUGCGCGGCGGGCGGGAACGUGAACGUGGAGAUGAACGCGGCGCCCGGCGUGGACCUCACGGUCCUGCUGAACAACAUGCGGGCCGAGUACGAAGACCUGGCCGAGCAGAACCGCAGGGACGCGGAGGCCUGGUUCAACGAGAAGAGCGCCACCCUGCAGCAGCAGAUCUCUGACCACGCGGGCGCGGCCACUUCGGCCAGGAGCGAGCUGACCGACAUGAAGCGCAGCCUGCAGACCCUGGAGAUCGAGCUGCAGUCGCUCCUGGCAAUGAAACAGUCCCUGGAGUGCUCCCUGACCGAGACCGAAGGGAACUACUGCACGCAGCUCGCCCAGAUCCAGGCUCAGAUCGGGGCCCUGGAGGAACAGCUGCACCAGGUCCGAACCGAGACGGAGGGCCAGAAACUGGAGUACGAGCAGCUGCUCGACAUCAAGGUCCACCUAGAAAAGGAAAUUGAGACCUACUGCCGCCUGAUAGAUGGAGACGGGAACUCAUGCUCCAAAUCAAAGCACUUUGGAUCAGGAGGCUCAGGGAGUUCACCCAAAGGUCCUGUCCCCGUGCUUUAAUAAAAUCACCUUUUUGCACCUAAGAUGUCUUCAAGAAUUCUUUCUUGGCCAUCAGCUCUGAAUUCCACCAUCACUGCAAAACCCCAUCGUUGAUUACAGUUACUGUGUCCUUCUAUGUUUCUGGAUCAAAAUGUAUGGUAAGCAGUCUUAAUAGAUGUUACAUUCCCUAAGAGGAGAGUGGCUCUCCUAUUUCUGUAAUAUGUGGUCUGAUUCUGAUGAGAAGUUCCGGUGAAGGCAGGAAUUCUCCCCAACAACACAGCAGUCACAUGGGAGUUCAAAUACUCUUCCAAAUACACAGCAUACAGGGCCAGAUGCAUAAUUUGCAGGUGUAAGUGCAGGAUGAAAAUGUGGAGUCUUCUUGUUCAAAAAUCAGGGGAGAAAAGUGUCAUUCAAGGCACUAAAAUAUAAAGUUG